UCACAGUGCUUAGUCAGGGUGUGGAGAUGGAGAGGCCAGCACCUGGAGGCAGGGAACGCUUUAGCUGGGAUGGCUGGAAAAAUUUGCUGCUGCCCCAGUUAAACAGACAGUCUCUUUAUGUGUAUGGCAGUGAAGUGGCUGUGGAGAGGGAGUGCAUCAGACAAAGAGAAAGAGGAGUCUUCGUGAUCCAUCCCUUCAGCCCUUUAAGGAGCUACUACACAAUGUGCAUGGUUGCCAUUACUUUUCUGAACCUGAUUGGGAUCCCGAUAGAGAUUGCCUUUUUAGACGGCCAGACAGGAGUUGGCUGGGAGGGUUUCAAUGUCUUUUCAGACACACUGUUCUUGAUUGACGUUGGACUCAACUUUCGGAUGGGCAUAAUUGCAGAGGACAGUGAGGCAGCAAUUCUUGAUCUCAAGUGCAUUCGACAAAAUUAUUUAAAGAGCUGGUUUAUACCAGAUGUGAUAGCAGCGUUUCCAGUUGGUUACAUAAUACUAAUUGCGGACCUACAGUAUCAUAGUGACUCUCCCUCUUCCAAAGCCAGCAAAAUGGUACGAAUUCUCAUGUUUGUGAGAAUCCUCAGCCUUGUCCGUCUGCUGCGUGUAUCCCGGCUCGUCAGGUUUUUUAAUGAAGUUGAGAAAGUUUCAAAUGCAAAUCUGGAGGUGGUUCGAGUGUUCUUUAGAAUCUUGUCUUUGUUUAUGAUGAUUUUUCUCCUGUGCCACUGGAACGGCUGUGUGCAGUAUUUUGUUCCAAUGCUGGAAGAAUUCCCAUCAGACUGCUGGGUGCGGCGUGAAAAUCUUAUGAAUGCCACAGUGGGGGAGAAAUAUUCAUUUGGGAUCUUUCGUGCACUCUCACAUAUGACUGCAAUAUCCUAUGGUUCCUCUGAGACACCAACAAAUGAGGUGGAGCUGUGGAUUGUUAUGACUAGCAUUGUGUCAGGAGCACUUAUGUAUACAGUCCUGGUUGCCAACACCGUUGCCCUAUUGACUGAUGCAGACAUCCCAGCAAGAAUAUAUAAGAGCAAGAUUAAUCACCUGGAAGACUAUAUGGUUUUCAUGAAGCUUCCCAAAGCCUUGCGUCUUCGCAUAAGCAAUUACUUUCAGGCUCGCUAUCAGGGGAAGUGGUAUGAGGAGAAGGAUGUUCUAAAUUGGGUGUCUUCAUCGCUUAGAGAGGAAAUUGUGAUGACCAUGUGCUCGGGCCUUGUAAGAAAAGUUCCCAUGUUCAAGAACUGUGAUGUGAACUUCAUCAGCUCGAUUGUCUCAGAACUACAGUAUGAGGUUUUCCAGGAGGGUGACAUCAUCAUGUGUCAGAAUACUCCGGGUGAUCGCAUGUUCUUCAUUGAGCAUGGACAGGUAGUUGUGGAGACAGACUCUUUUCAGCAGGAGCUGUGUGAUGGUGACUAUUUUGGAGAGACAUGUCUCCUGAUCAGAGGAAGGCGUUUGUCUACAGUUCAAGCACAGACAAUAUGUCAACUCUUCUCUCUGUGUGUGGACAGUUUUUAUCGAGUCCUUCGUGAUUACCCAGAGGUUAUGACAGAUAUCUACAGAGAACACCUCAGCAGGGAAUGAGCUUUGGGCUCCCAACAUCCACACCAUAAUUCAUAAUUCCUGUGGCCAAAGGACAUGACAUGUACAUGAAGCAUGUAUAGUGCUCUUUAUCCAUCCAUCCAUCUUUAGUCAUCCUUCAUUUAUUUAAUUUUUACAUCAAAAUGGCCAAGGAAGUACAAGCAUCAGGACAAUUCAGACAGCAUAUUGUUACUGUUCAUAAAAAAACUUUUUUUUUUUUCAGAUUUUUGUCAAAUGUUUCCUGCAUAAUUUGAGCUCAGCAGCCACACUUUACAUUUUGUGAAAACUUCAUGAAGACUGGACCAAUAGAAAUGUUUCAAAAUUGCUUUGAAGACAUACACUAACUUAUGUUGGAAGUAAAGGCAGUUUUUUGCAGUUGUUUUUAUUUGGACAGUAAAGGGGCCUCAACAACUAAAUAUAAUAUGACUAUUUUCAGAAUUUUGUGUGUCCACCCUUUGCUUUAAAUAUAGCUUCCUCCUGUCAGGAGACUUUAAAUGUUUAAAAGAAAUCUGCAGGGAUAUUUUUCUGUACCUCUAAAGUUCAGUUUUGGAAGUUUUUUUGCUCAUUACAAUUCAGGUACUACCAAACUCAUUAAUAGCUUUGGGGUGGCAGUUCAUUCUUCUGAGAACAACAUACCAUUUUUUUUUUUUAUUCUUUAUAUUAUUUUUUAUUUAUAUUAAAUCUCUUCAGAAAUAUCUCAUUUAUAAGAUCGCUCAUUGAGCCCUUUGUGACUGCAAAUUAAAUAGAAGAAGGGUGGUUUUUAGACUUUUGUACAGUACUGUGUAGACAUAUAAUAAAUGAAAUCUUCAUUCCACAGAUUCCUCAGGGACUUUUAGUAUGAUAAUUUGUAGUAUAGUGCACUCUAAAUAGAAAACUGCCAUAGUCAACACAGUCAAAAUUCAAAUGCACUUAUCAGUCUGUGGUAAAUGAAAAUUUGGGAAUGCUUAGUUUAAUCAAUCACACAAUACUUCUUGGGGUGUGUUCAGCAUGAUUCACUUUAAUCAAUUUUAUUACUUAUUUUUGCACACAAGUUUAAAGUAACAUACAUAGGAAUUGUGUUCCAAACUGUUACAAUAUCCAGUAAUAGUUCAUUCAACAUCUAGCCCACUAUAUGUAUACAUUUUUAUUGAGCAAUACAUAUUGAGAUACAGUUGCAUUCAGGGAAUUCAUGACUUGAUGUAAAUACUCAUUUGAAAGUAACAUAAAUCAAUUCUAGUGAUCUACCCAAAUACACAAAUUGUACCAGAGGCCAGCCUGUGCUUGUAUUCAUAUUGGUAAUAUGAGGCCUGAGGAAAGUUGCACUUCAUCUCCAUUUUACCUGGUACAACAUGGAUAGCAACACCUGCACCAAGUCCUUCCUGCAGCUUUUUUAACAUUCGAUUGGCUAGGUAGAGUCUAGCUUUGCCUGGAUCUUCUUCUAUUGCUGCAUAGAUUUCAGGUGGGGGGUUUGGAAUCUUCCACUCCAGGUCCACUAUCAGCUGAUGGAUGCGAGCUUUAUCCAGCGAGGAAGGGGUGUCCCUGUAACAAGCGACUAUAUUGGAAUUGGUUACUUCUGAGCAAACAGAGAUGAAGUUCUCAGAGGCCAGACUGGGU